AGAAACCUGUAAUUAUCUUGUCAUGCAGCGAUCAAAACAACUGGGAACUGGGACUUCAGUGCGUUUAAAACAAGAUCACUGACCUCAUGAUUUGACCUCAGUUGUUUUGAUCCCAGUUUUUUUUAACUCGGCAUCAGUAUGUCUAUAAUUAUUGAGUAGACGCAGGUCUAGCAUCCGCGUAUCCACCUGAAAUCCAUAAAGCAGAAAUGCUAAACUGACCUUAGAUCAGGCAUUCUACUCCGAUUCACACAUCGAAACCGAAACAAGGGGAUGAACCUCUCAGAGGAGAACAGGACAGUCGUGGUCUCUGGUGUACCAGACACACUGUCCAGCAGCCGCAUGGCAGACAAACUGGUUAUUCACUUCCAGAGCUCCAGAAGCCACGGAGGAGAUGUAGAAAACAUCAAGUACCCGACCAGCUUCAAGGGGGUGGCUUUUGUUACAUUUGAAAACACCAGAGAUGCUGAGAUGGUAAUCAGAAAGAAGCAGAUAAUGUGUGACAAGGAGUUCCCUCAAGACUACCCUAUCACUGUAUUCAAAUUCACCCAAGACGUGUUGUUCUACGUGAACGCUAAAGUGGACCUGUCAAUCUGCGGUGACGAGGAACAGCAGGAGACCGUGAUCCGAAGCUUGCAGUCUGCUCACAGAUCAGUGAGGAUCUGCCUUCUACCCAGCCAGGAGGGUAAAGCUUCAGUGGAGGGACCCUUCUCUGCCAUCAGGGACCUGAGGGAGGACCUGCUCCAGCGGGCCACUGCCAGCAGCAGCAGUCACCCAGGGGAGAAGCACGGGGCUCCAUGGAGCUCUGGUUACUCCCUGACCUCCGUGGCAGCAGGGAAUGGGGUAUCCCAGGUCAGCAGCAGUCACCCAGGGGAGAAGCACGGGGCGCCAUCGAGCUCUGGUUACUCCCUGACCUCUGUGGCAGCAGGGAAUGGGGUAUCCCAGGUCAGCAGCAGUCACCCAGGGGAGAAGCACGGGGCGCCAUCGGAGCUCUGGUUACUCCCUGACCUCAGUGGCAGCAGGGAAUGGGGUAUCCCAGGUCAGCAGCAGUCACCCAGGGGAGAAGCACGGGGCGCCAUCGAGCUCUGGUUACUCCCUGACCUCAGUGGCAGCAGGGAAUGGGGUAUCCCAGGUCAGCAGCAGUCACCCAGGGGAGAAGCACGGGGCGCCAUCGAGCUCUGGUUACUCCCUGACCUCAGUGGCAGCAGGGAAUGGGGUAUCCCAGGUCAGCAGCGGUCAUGCCUGGGAAAAGCACAGAGCUCCAUCUCCAUCAAGCCAUGAUCAUUCCCUGAGCUCUGUGGUAGCAGAGAGUCGGUCUUCCAGGGUCAGACCUGGUGAUGGUGCUGAGGUGGACUUCCGGGUCAGCCGUUACACCUGGGAGAAGAAGAACAGGGCAGCUCCAUCAAGCGCUGAUCAUUCUCUGUCAAGCUCUGUGGCAGGAGGGAGUGGGGCUUCUACCAUAAAUCAAUCCUUGGAAAAGCACCGCAGGGCAGCUCUGUCAAGCCACGAUCAUUCUCUGAGCUCCAUGGCAUCAGGAAGUGGGGAAUCCAAGGUCGUCAGCAGCAGUCACACAUUAGAGAAGUACAUCGCUCCGUCAAGCUAUGAUCAAUCUCUGUCAAGCCCAGUGCCAGCAGGAACUUCCAAGGUCAGCUCAGGUGGUGAUGUUGACAUGGAAGAGGAGUCCACAUGGGUGGACACAAACAUAUUUCUUUACAUUCAGAGAUUUUCUAAAGACCAGUUUGACCAAUGUUUUAGGAACCACGGUGUGUCAGCUGUGUUCGGUGACAAUGACGUGGCCGACCUGACUCUGAUAUCGCUGAGAGGACGCCGCGACAGCAAGGGUCUCUCUGAAGUCCAACUGACCAUAUCAGAGCUGACUGAUUUGGUCGCCGUGUGGCAGUCAACCCUGAGAAUCCACACUAUAGACUACAGAAGGCAGGACCUGCGUGAGAGAAAGAGGCUGCUGCAACUCUGUGCCGAGGUGAACACCCUUUAUGAAGACGUUCUGUACGUGCAGAAGGAGCUCAGUGUCCGGGUCAUCGGUCCCUCUAUUUCCAGUCAUCUCUUUACUGAGUGGGUGAAGGAUCGAAUGGAUCAACCGGAUAAAGAGGGCUUCUUGUAGUGGGGGUCAGAAUGUGAAUCAUUUUACCAUUCUGCAAUAGCAGCUAGUGCACGAAGAGCUUUUUUGCGCGGUAUAUAUUGAUUGCACUGUGAGACGUUUUCAAGAGAUUUCUGUGACAACUAAAUAGAAUUGAGUUUGUUUAUUUUCUGUGUCUCAACAAGGAUGCUGUUUUGUGUCAAGCUAGCCAUGAGGGCAUAACUUGAUAAUUGACUAGAAACUACAUGUUAAUGAGUCAACACUAGAGGGUGCUGUUGUACCGAAUAUGCACAAUUUGUUCCAUUAAAUCAAUUAUUUCUGUGUGUCCUGAC